AUGGCUUCUUCUUCCUCUUGUUCCACCAAAGUGUCUAUGAAACUUCUUAUUGACACAAAGAAUGAGAAAGUUCUUUUUGUCGAAGCUUCAAAACCUGUCAUAGACUUUCUCUUCAACUUGCUAUGCUUGCCUAUUGGUACUGUAGUUAAGCUGCUAAGUGCGAACAACAUGGUAGGUAGCUUAGGAAAUCUGUAUCAGAGCGUUGAAAAUCUGAACCAGGAUUACAUGCAACCAUUUCAAACUAAGGAUUUUCUCUUAAACCCAAAAGCUCAAAGCUCUUCCACUGAAAUCUCAGGAUUUCUUACCCAGAACAAUGUCAAUGAAGAUGAUGAUAUAAAAACCAGACUAUAUAUGUGUCCAAAUAAGUGUAAGUUUGAGGUGACAAAUGAUAACAAAACUAGAUGUUCUGCUCAUUCUGACUCUAAGUACGUGUGUACUUCCUCUGGUUUUUAUGAUGAGUACGACGAGUAUACUCAGUGCAGGAGCAAAAUGAACCAUGAAGUAGCUUUUGUCGGAAUUAGUAAGGUUGGUGAAAAGAAAAUUUCCACAAAUAUUAAGAAUGGGUUUGUGAAAGAUGUUGUAACUUUUAUGGUGAUGGAUGAUUUGGUUAUUCAGCCAAUGUCAACCAUAUCAAGCAUCACACUGUUGAACAAGUUCAAUGUGAAAGAAAUUGAUACCUUACAAGAAAAGGUUGUUGAAAUGGGGAUGGAUGAGGUAAAAACAACAAACCUUGUCACGUGUACAAAUUUCUGA